AUGAACCUACCAGCCGAGCACGGGGUGCGCACUUUCACGGCACAGUCUUGCGCGAGAAAAAAUGACUCUGAACACUCACACACACACACACACACACACACACUCUCUCUCUCUCUCUCUCUCUCUCUCUCUCUCUCUCUCUCUCAAACUCUCUCUCAAACUCUCUCUCUCUCUCAAACUCUCUCUCUCUCUUUCUCUCAAACUCUCUCAAACUCUCUCCAAACUCUCUCAAACUCUCUCAAACUCUCUCAAACCCUCUCUCUCUCUCUCUCUCUCUCUCUCUCUCGCUCUCACACACACACACACACUCUCUCUCUCUCUCUCUCUCGCUCUCUCAAACUCUCUCUCUCUCAAACUCAAACUCUCUCUCUCUCAAACUCUCUCAAACUCUCAAACUCUCUCCUCUCUUUGUUGCGCAAGACGAAAAUGAUGACAAUGAUCGCAAAGCUGAUAACAAAACACACACACACACACAACGAGCGCGAGGUGAUCGCGUCCGAUCAGGCCGGAUCCGCGGUCGCCAAGGGUGUGCGCGUGUGUCGAGUCUUGCCCAAACUCUUCUCGGAAUCUCGUGAGCAAGAUCGCCACGAUGUGGCCAAACACAAGGCCCAGAUCCAGCCUUUCUUUGCCAUGUAUGAACGCCACUUUGACGAGAGUGUGCGUGAGGAGCCGAAGCACAUCUUGGCGCGCCUCGAGCAGCAGCCUGCCGUCGAAAAUCGCUCCGUUACCCACAUCUUUAUUCUCCACUGCCACGACCAAGACCAAGACCAACUCAACAUGGCCGGAGGCAUGAUUCUAGAGUACUACCCCCGCAGUUGUGUGCUCCUUCUCUCCUACAUCUUCAUCGACAAGCGCUUCCGCAACGAGCGUCAAGUUGGUGGCGAGACCAUUCGCCUCGCCGAGAGCCUCAUUAACUCACCCUCGCUGGGUGGAAUCCCGUCCCUGAUUCAGCGUCUUCGUCAAAGCAAGCAAGAGGUUGCCGCCGUCGUCCUGGAAGGCGAAAACGCCGCUCGCACUCUGGACCAAUCGAGCAACGGAAACGAGACCUUCAUCUCCCCUGCCGCUCUGCUCAAGUUCUUUCGGCGCAUCGGAGCCAAACGCGUCAACUUUGAUUAUAUUCAGCCCGCCGUCGCCGCCGACGCGCCCAUCGACACCUCGCAGGACCUCUUUGUGAUCCCGCACCUGACCGAAAGGAGCGGCGUGUUGCCCCGCGUACGCGCCGCUGUCAUUAUGCAAUACAUCAUCGACAUCACUUACUCCCUGGAUCGCUACUCCAAUCCCCCCGCCUAUGCCGCGGACGCCUACCAAGCAGACCUGCAGCUAGCACAAACCAUCGCCCCGGGUGCCACAGUGCCCGCGUUUCAAGGCCCGCGCUUGGUCAGUGAAUCAGCCCGGCGACUGCAGCUCUCCCUGCUGGAGCAAGACGAUGACCUGGAACUGGAGGAAGAGGUUAAGCUCGAUCUCACCGAGGUCCCAUACGCUGAAGAACCUUUGCUCAAAAUGUCCGCCGUCAACGUCUGUCUCAUGUACAUGGUGGACGAGUCCCUCUUCAAGCGCAGGACCAACCACCGACGCAAGCCUUGUCCCGUUUUUCACUCGUUCGAGAUGGAUCUGCUCAACUAUGCCUACCAGCGUCGCGACCCAGCCUUUGAGGGCCGCUUUCAGCGUGUGGUGGAGGUGACCAUUCGUUUUCCAGAGCGCUUCGAGUUUGUGAGCGAGGGCCGCCACGAGCUGUUUGUGCCCUUGAAUGACGGGACGCUGCGGCAGUUUGGUGAGCAAUUCCACCGCUGCGUUGAUGCACGACUUCACCUCUCCUCCUUUCGCUUUUUUGGCUGUGACGAGCUGAUCUGGAACGUCGGCAUCGCCCCCGCCGCUGAUUCGGCUUUUACUGAAUAUGAUGUCAUCAAACUGCUCAAGUACUUCAACGGUCUGCAGGAGCACGGCAACCUGAGCGCCAUUCAGCGGCAACAGAACCGCAUCCAGUUUACGCGUCGUGGAAACGAUGUAUUUGCGCCCCUGACUGAAUUUCUUUUUGGCGAAAAAGGCAUCAUCUGUCACUACGAGCCCCUCUCGGCAGACAUUCCACCACUAGGGGUGCAAGACAUUUCCUCCGGCAUUCUCGAGUUGGUGUUGGGGGAUGAGUACUCUCAGUUGUGCCGCAACAAGGUCUUUGUCACGGACGAUCGUGCCGCCGACGUUUUUGACAUUGUGGAGAAGUGCUCCUCGGAUGAGGGCAAUGUCGGCCUCUCCCAUUCAGACAGUGAACUGGUGGCGUACUGUCACAUUUUAUGCGGGUUCUCUCUGGGUAUCAUGGAUUUUGCCCGCAUGGACAAUGGAGCCAUUAUCAUCAACCGUGGUCUGCAAUUUGCGAUCUCCGUUACCAAGGAUGACCUCGAGGUCGAUACGCCGAUGGUGGGCUUGGAGGAAACCCUGUUCAUGAACCCUUACCUCAUGGUGACGACGGCGGUUGCUAGUUUCAACCACCACCUCCUGACCAAGUUGGCAAAACGGGCCACGUACAACUUGCAGGCCUUGCGCGAUUGUAGCAGCCAGCGCGCUCUGCAACCAUUGUUGUCCGACAUGUCCGAUGUUGAGCGCCGCCUGCAGCGCCACGUCAUGCCCAACAUGUACAAUUUUGAAAACGAGCGGGAAAUUCACAGCAUCAUCUCUGAUUCACGCGGCAUUCAAAUAUUGCAGGAGCAGAUCAAAAGCAUGCAGGCCUCCUUUGAGUUCAACGUCGAGCAGCUGCAAGAACGCAUUGCCGCCGGUCACCAGCAACGCCUUGAAUUGCUCUUGGCCAUUGUUGGCAUCGCUGGGAUUUCGGGCGUCUUCUUUGACUUUAUCGCCGACGAGGACUUGGCCAAGCUUGUGGCUGGUAUUGUCUUGGGAGUUUUCCUGGUGGGCUUUUUGUUUUUUGAGUGCCGCCGUGCUCGGGCGACGCGGUGA